AUUUUCGGACGAAGAGGGAUGGUAUAGAGAGAGGGGGAAAAAGAUCAAUAAUUAUCGGGCGAGAGAAAUAAUCAAUAUCUGAGAGGUGUGAGAAGAGAGAAUGAAUGUGCCAUUGGUACCUACGGCAUGAAGAGGAAAGCAUCUAUUGAUGGUGGUGGUGAAUGUUUGGAGGAGAGUGCUUUGGAUAUGGAGUGAUUGAGGAGAAAGAGGGACUGUGUCUGGAGUACUUGUGAACGUCUUUUACUCGUUCAUCGGCAUCGCUGGCUGCAACAGCUUUUGUUACCCAUCCCUGAUCUCCCAGAGGCCAGUUAAGAAUCAGCCGCAUUGCUGCAGAUUUUUUUUAUUGAAGACAAAUUUAUAGGAUUUGAACUCCAGUUCCAAGAACAUUACCCUAGGUUUCUGCAUUGCUACUCCAGUGUCAUUACCACCAUAUCACCAACUACCCUUGAGGCUUGGGUGGACAACAAUGGAUAGGGUUUGGGAAAUGGACCGGGGUACAGAGGCACGAACCAUGGGAGUGAUGAAAGAACCUGAGAUACUAAUUGAUGAGCAGUCUGCAUCAUCUGGAAUGCCCGAGUCCAGCCAGCUUCCUUUGGGAAUCCUAGGAGGGCAUGGCUUUUGGUGCAUGACAUGUGGAAAAGGUUUCAAGUGGCGCUGUCUUCUGAAUGUCCAUCUGCGGAUACAUACAGGGGAGAAACCUUUCGAGUGUCUCCUAUGCAUGAAGCGCUUCAGCAAGUCUAAUGAACUGCGAGUCCAUCAGCGCAUUCACACUGGUGAGAAACCUUUUGAAUGCGUUGUGUGUAAGAAACGCUUUUACCGUUCCAGCCACCUAAGCAGACACCAGCAGUUCCAUACGGGGGAGAAGAAGUUUGAGUGCCAAGUUUGUACAAAACGCUUUUUUACCUCCAGCCACUUGACCCGGCACCAGCGCAUACACACUGGUGAAAAGCCUUUUGAAUGUCAUGACUGCAGCAAGCGUUUCAACAGCCCUAGUGAAUUAACGGUGCACCAGCGAGUUCACACUGGUGAGAAGCCAUAUGAGUGUGUCGACUGCAAGAAACGUUUCAAUCGACCCGGUGACCUGACAGUACAUCGACGGAUCCACACUGGUGAGAAGCGGUUAGAAUGCCCAGAGUGCAAAAAACAAUUUAGUCGACCCAGUGAGUUGGUUGUCCAUCAGCGGGUUCACACUGGGGAGAAACCCUUCAAGUGUUCUGUGUGCAAAAAAUGCUUUUAUACGUCCAGUCACUUGAUCCAGCACCAAGGAAUCCAUACUGGUGAGAAGCCCUUUGAAUGCCCUCUUUGUAAGAAACGCUUCUACAGAUCCAGUAAUCUGACUAGGCACCAAAGAGGAGAAGGACACAAUGAGAAAGGUUGGCCAAAUGGGACAUGUGCAAACAGAGAGAAGAGAAGGGCCUGGAAGGAAAAAUUGAAAGGUAGUGAAUCAUCUGAAGUGGCGAUGGCUACUCCCAGCCUGUGCAUACCUGGUGUCAAGGAGGGAAAAGACUUCCAUUGUACUGUGUGUGGGAAAAGGUUUCGCUGGCCCAGCCUCCUGGAUACACACCUGCGUGUUCAUACGGGAGAGAAACCAUUUGAAUGCACUUUUUGCACAAAACGUUUCUGCACUUCCAAUGGGCUGCGAAUGCAUCAGCGAACCCACAGUGCAUAGGAGGUAGCUGUUGGAGCAGCAUUGUCUGACUCUGAUCCUGUUGACAGAUACUUCUUGCAUGCAAUCCUUUCUGUGUUUUCAGAAGAUUACCAGAAAGUAGAAAACAUCUUAUUAUUUAUCCACUAUUAUGUCCUGUCUCCCAUCUUUUGUGAAUUAUUUCUUAAAUGAUUCCAUUUGUUAAUUCCCAGUGACAAAAUGUAGUCAGUUUUAUACUGUAAUUUAAAGUAAUAUUUCAUAUUUGCUUUUCAUAGAAUUCCUGGAGUGUGGAAACAGGCCCUUCAGCCCAAAUGUCCACAUCGACCCUCUGAAGAGUUUCUCCACCCUAUAUUUUUACAUUUACCUGUGACUAAUACACUUAACCUACACAUCCUUGAACACUAUGGGUAAUUUAGCAUGGCCAAUUCACCUAACCUACACAUCUUUGGAUUGUGGGAGGAAACCAGAGCACCCAGAGGAAACCCAUGCAAAUGCAGGGAGAAUGUGCAGUCUCCAGAUGGUCAUCUGAGGCUGGAAUCAAACCUGAGUCCUUGGUGCUGUGAGGCAGCAGUGCUACCAUUCUGCCACACUGAGCCACCAUUCUGCCCCUUUUAAUUAUUUUCCUUAACUUUGUUAAGCAUCUUUCCAAUGCUUCCAGAUUACACUGUAAAGAUCCCACUCAUAACGGAACUCUGAAUGCCCCAUUCAGCCAUGAAUUUCUUUACAAUGCCUCCGCCAACAGUUAUGAGUUAUAGUUUAGCUAGUAAAGUUAGAUACAAUUGGAUCUUACAUUGCUUUAUAUUUUUAGUAUUUGUUA